AUGAGGACUUUGAUCUUGCUGUCCGUGCUGGGGGCGGCCCUGGCCCUCGUGCCCGCGAGGACCUUCCCCCUCGAGCUCGCUCCUCUGCGGCUGCGGCCUCGUCAGGAAGUCGUCAUUGAUGGCACGAGUAACUACGACCAUCGGCACAGCUUCGGCUUACUAUCUGCGAGGUCUUAUGCCGAGUUCUCUGUCCAUCCUCCAGAAAGAUCCUGGCAUCCCUCCUCCCUUCGACCCGAGGAGGACAUCGACUACUUCGAGCUGAUCAAGGAGGACGUGAAGAGGGUCGUCGGGGACUACAUCGACCAGCACAACAUGCACCAGCUGGAGAUCUAUAAGGACGACCUUGGGAGACUGUUGCCAGAGGUGGGCUUUGCUCCGGUUGAGAGUUCCACUUAUCCGGACAAGAACACAGUUGCCAAUUCUCUCUCCACCUCCAUCGUAGCCAACAGGUUCUUGGUGGAAGCCGGGGAGAGGCCGCAGUCUAUGAUCAUCCACUAUGCAGACAUUGCGUCUAUUCAUAUCCUGGUGCUUAAGGACGCAGCAGACACCUACACGAAGGCAGGCGUCGUGUCCCGCUGGUGGGUCGACCUCAACGACCAACUGGACCAUUACAUUGACUACGGUCGUCGCCUUCAGAACAGCGUCGUUGACUGGAGGAACGAUAUGAUGACUUGCACUUAUGAGCAGAGUGGGAAAUACGACAGCUGGACGGUUCAAGAUGAUGUUGCUGGUACUACUGACGUCUGCAAGCAACUGCAAGGAACUCAUAACUGUGAUGACCAUUGCCAAGUAUAUCAGAUCCACAUGAACCGUGAAGUGACGACUUUCAUCUGGAACUACAUGGGGAAGGCGCUGAGGGAGUGGGAGGACCUGAAGGUGCAGGCUUCGGAGAUGGCUGCUCACGCUCACUAAAAAAGGAUGAAAAAGGG